AUGUUCCGGGCGGGCCUGGUGCUGCUCUGCCUGCUGGCGGUGGCCGGCCAGAAGGAGAUCGACAGGGGAGGGGCGGGCGGCCGGGAGGGCCCGGCGGACGCUGUGCUGGGGAUCGAGCCCUACGCGGACGGCGGCCUGAGGCCCCGGCAUGGGCGCCGCCUGCUGUCAGGCUCGCAGGACGAUGUCCUGCUGGUCGGUAAAUUAGACGGUACUGUGACGGCGCUGGAGCUGGAAACCGGGCAUAUCUUGUGGUCGUUCGACUCCGGCUCACCGUUGGUGUCCUCCGGCAGCAGCCAGGCGGGCGAUGGCGUGCCCAUGGCCCGCGUCUUCCCCGGAGCGGAUGGGACACUGUACAGGGUGCAGAGCGGGGGAGCGAAUGCAAAGAUCGAGCGACUGGGAAUCACUGUACCGGAGCUGGUGGAGAACUCACCAUCUUUGAGUGAUGAUGGCUCCAUGAUAUUGGGGUCACAGAGCUCUACCGUGUUCUAUGUAGAUAUUCAGUCAGGAGAGCUCUUGCGUACCUUUUCCAGCAAGGACGUCGUCGAUGCCGACCAAUUCAGCAACUUGGGAGGUAUGAACAAGGAGAUCUCCAGGUCAUCUAUCCUGCCCAUGGGACGGCGUGAUUAUGUCAUCCAGGCAGUAGACUAUGCAACUGGGGUGGUGCAAUGGAAUGUGUCAUUCUCUCAUAUGCAUCAGCUGGACAUGGCAAUCGUAAAGGAUGAGAAGGCAGUGGCAGGGUUUCUAUCUGGAAAAGCUGCACCUGAGAGUGCCAGCUCUUCCCCUGAUGCUCCAAGCCUGGAAUGGGGAGCAGAUUAUUCUCUCCAUGCCAAGGACCCGAUCUCCGGUUUGGCGAAAUGGGACAUCAGUUUCCCCACGCCUCCUGUCGUGGCGUACACUCUGAAAGGCGGAGGUCAAGACGUCCUACCUUUGUGGUCGCCUGACUAUGGCCUUUCCCCGCCCCCCCUGGCGUCUUCCCCCGGCGUGUGGUCGAGCAACGAGGAGCACAUAUUCAUCGGAGCUAUUGCAGGCGGUGGGUUGUAUGCGCUGCCAGCGCCAGCAGCGGCUUUGAGGGCUGCGCUUGGGAAUAGGAAUCCUGAGGCGGCCUCAACGGCGGUGGUCCCUAUUGAGGAUGAGAGCCAGUGGACGAUGUGGCCAGUAGAGCAGGGGAGCUCAGGCAGCCUGAAGGAUCUGAGUUGCCUGCCUGCAGUCAAGCCUCCAGCACGUGGAGGGGCCAGCCAGGAUUACCUGUCAGCCACUCAAGGCACCUCAGUGGCACCUUUGGAGAGACUCAUGAACUACGUCAUGGGGUUCUUUACGCUUACAGCAAUGGUGGUUGGAGCAAUUUUCUUUAAGACACAAAAUGUCAAGGCAGCGGAGCCUGUUGGAGUGCCUGGAGGGAGCAACACAGCUUCCGUUCGGUCACGUGACCUUUCUGCUCAAACUGAUGGCUCUGCAUUUGCAACGAGUGCAUCCAGCUCAAAUUUCUCCUCUGGCAGCGAUCCUAACCUGUCUGGGUCUACAAGCAACACCCGCUCCAGAGGGCAGGAUGGUGUUGUUCACAUUGGUCAGCUGCAAGUAGGCCCUGAAGUCAUGGGCGUUGGAGCUGGCGGCACUGUUGUCUAUGAGGGCAAUUUCUUGGGACGACCUGUUGCAGUCAAGAGGGUAUUGAAGGAGUUUGCUGACAUCGCAGCGAAUGAGAAGGACAUCCUCAUCCUGUCCGAUGAGCACCCCAACUUGGUUCGUCUGUUCGCGAUGGAGUCCGAUGACGAGUUUGUCUACCUUGCACUGGAGAAGUGUCAGAUGAACUUGUCCACAUUGGUGAGCUCAAAAGAUGGUGGUGAACUGCUGCACACUAGGGAUGGGAUGCCAACUGAGUACUGUUUGAAGCUUGUCAACGACAUUGCCUGUGGGCUGGCUUUUAUUCAUGCACGGGGAAUCGUGCACCGGGACAUCAAGCCGCACAAUGUGCUGAUAAAGGAUGGAAGGGCCAAAUUGUCUGACAUGGGGCUUGGCAGGCGGUUGGUUAAGGACCAGAGUUCUUUCUUCAGUGCAGGCCCAGGUGGCAGCUCAGGCUGGCAGGCACCGGAGCAGCUAAAGAUCAAAGAUGGCAUCCCGUCCCGGCAGACCAAGUCGAUGGACGUCUUCUCCUUGGGGUGCGUCAUCCACUAUUGCCUGACAGCGGGUGGCCACCCGUUUGGGAGCCAGAGCUAUGGACGGGACCCCAAGAUCCUAAAGGGCGACCCUGAGCUGAGCGGGCUGGACAAGCUCCCCUUGGCCAAGCACCUGAUUUCGGGCAUGCUUGAGAGCGAGCCAAGCAAGCGGCCGAACAUGAAAACGGUACUUGCACACCCCUUCUGGUGGACCAAGCGGAAGCAGCUUCAGUUCCUUAUUGAUCUCAGCGACAGGAUUGAAAACGAAGACCGUGCAGAGGACAAGAGUCUGCUGCGUCUGCUGGAGAGCUAUGUGAAGGAUGCCACUGGUGGCAAUUGGGGGGCACGCAUUGACCCCAAAUUGAUCUCCAACUUGGGGCAGUACCGCAAAUACACCUACACUAGCCUGAGGGACCUCCUGAGGGUCAUCAGGAACAAACACAACCACUUUAGGGAGAUGUCAGAAGACCUUAAAGUGCUGCUGGGACCCAUUCCGGAGGGCUUCUUGGGGUACUUCACAUCACGCUUUCCAGAGUUGUUGAUCGCCACAUAUGCUUUCGCCCUGGAGCACUGCUCACAGGAUUCCCCCUUGGACAAGUACUUUCCUGAGGAGCUGCGCUGUGCGAAGUCCCCCUCACAGAAUGCAGCCAGCCAAGGCGGUGGCAACUCUGGAACAGGCGCUGCUCACGGCCAGACCUCCAUGUUUGCAUUGGCCCCUGAGCUCCCACAGAGCACCAAUGACGAGUCCAGCACCGGUUUCAAGGCUUGGGCUUCAUCUGUCGACUCAGGCACGAAUGGGAGGGUUUCGCCACCAAGUCAGAAGCCACCAACCAACAGGCAGCCUGAUGAUGAAAUCUCUCUGCGCCCAGAGAAGCCCAGGUCGAGGCCAAGGCCAGCGAUCAGUUUGACAGAGGGCAGCAGAAGCAGGUCGGGCCCCUUGCCCCCUGGCCUUGGGCUCCCCCCGACAAAGAACAUCAGCCUGUUUGACGAGGACCGAAGCAGGUCGAGCAUGCUGCCCCCAUCUUUUGGCGGCUCGCCUCCCCGCAGCACCAUCAGCCUGGCAGAGGAUGGACGCAGCAAGUCUGUCUUGCUUCCACCCUCCAUCGGGGCCUCCCAAGGCCAGCCAACCAUCAGCAUCGCCGAGGAGGGUCGCAGCAGGUCUGGCCCGCUGCCACCCGGCCUGGUGAUUCCACAAUUCAGGGGUCCCAUGGCAGAGGAUGGUCGCGGCAGGCCCGACCAGGGCCUAUCCCCACCUCGCGGAGCGUUGAUGGGUGACGACUCCCGGAGAGGUGGUGGAUCGCUUUCUCCAGGCCUCAACCUGGGCAAGAGGAUGGUUCCCAUCGCAGACGACCGCAGGACCUCGUCCGGGCUGCUGUCGCCAAAACUCGGCCCGCUGAAGAGCGGAACGGGCACCCGAUGGGACGAUGUCCUCAACAUCAUCAACCUGGAUCAGGCAUCGCCGGAGGAAGGUGCGAAGAAGAGCGGUUUGACAGAACUGAUGGAUCCGCCCUCUGGGCCGACUUCGCCAGUGAGCGCCAGAUUGUCGAGCAGGGGUUUAAAUGGGGUCCGCACGAAGAGCGAGCCCAGGUGGACAUCUGGUGUCGGGAUGGAGAGGUCUAUCAGCCUGAUGGACAGCGGUGAACUCAGUGUCGGUUCCCCGGGAUCCCGAACGGGUCCCAAGGACUACAAGGAGCUGCAGAGCCCUGUGAAACCGAAGUCAGCAAACCAGCUGCGGCCGGACCUGCCCGUCGUCGGCUGGGAAGAGGACCAUGAGAACGACACGAGCACAGUCCUCAGCUUUCCGCACAGGCCUGGUCAACAGGUGUGCGACUUCUACGUGAAGACUGGAUUCUGCAAGUACCAUGAGCGUUGCCGUUUUGACCACCCAGAUGAAUAUGCCGUGCGCUUGAACGAGGACGGGCUCCCCAUUAGGCCCGGGCAGCAGGUCUGUGAGCAUUACAAACAAACGCACGAAUGCAAGUUCGGGGGUGCCUGUAAAUUCAACCACCCGAACAUGAAGCCCAUUUACGCUGGAUCUGAAAGGGCCGGCUCAAACGCUGCCCUUUCUUUCUGA